AUGAAGCUGGCCGAGAAAGCCGGGCGGCUGCUGUGCUGGUACCUGCCCGAUUGGGUUGAUGGCCUGUCGAUCCUGAACUGGCUAGGCACCUGCCGAGAAGCGCGUCUCUCUCAGCGCGGAACCUCUUGGCCGGCCAAAUUUCAAGCGACGGUGCACUUCACAAAGAAUCUGCUGGCAUACAUGCGCAAGCACCACGUCAUGCCGUCCAACGAAGACUAUGUGGACGCCUUGCUACAUUUGUUGCAUGACGACAGGCUGCCCGUCGCGCUUCCUUCCCCAGGCGGCCCGCUGGUCAUUGACACUGCCCACGUUGGAGAAUAUCGCGAGCACGUUGCAAUUUACUUGGGCUUGCGUGCCGGAAGCAUCAAGGGCAACAGCUUCAAGGAGUUUCUCGCAGUGGUACAGAAGCUGAACGGCCCUGAGAGUGGUUGGUGCAGGGAUCCAGCAUUCCAGUCUGUGUGCAACAAGCUUGUCGAAGGCAAUGCACGAUUCUUCGUGCAUAGUGAGUGUUGGGAUUCGUUGCUGCACGGCUCUGAGUGUACAGACAGCUGCGACUGCAUUUACCUGGUGUUUCAAUAUCACAACUUCUAUUUUGCUUUGUGCACCUGGCCGGAUAUUGACAAUUACCUGUGA